CUAAGAAAUAUAUUUAAUGAAGCGGUCGAGAAUGCUCCAUCAAUCAUUUUUAUCGAUGAAAUUGACGCAUUAUGCCCAAAACGUGAUGAGACUGGCAAUGAACUAGGAAAGCGCAUUGUAGCAACUCUUUUGACAUUGAUGGAUGGUAUUUCCAAUCAAGGAAGUGUCGGUUUGCAAGACAAAAUAGUUGUCAUUGGUGCAACAAAUCGCCCAAAUGCAUUAGACGAAGUGUUGAGAAGACCUGGAAGGUUCGAUCAUGAAAUAGAAAUUGGAAUUCCAAAUGCUACAUCCCGAUUUUCCAUAUUGUUGACACUAUUACAAAAGAUACCACAUACCUUAUCACCUGAAGACAUUAAUGGACUAGCAAUCAGAUUGCAUGGAUAUGUUGGUGCUGACCUCGCAGCUGUUUGUCGAGAGGCAGGACUGAAAGCAAUCAAACGGUGUGUUAAACAUUGCCAAAAAAAAGAUAUCAAAAUCACCGUACAAGAUAUGGAAGCCGCCAUUAAUAAAAUUCGGCCCAGUGCUAUGAGAGAGAUCCUCCUUGAAGUGCCUAAAGUUUAUUGGUCGGAUAUUGGUGGUCAAAAAGAUGUUAUACAAAAAUUAAAAGAAUCAAUUGAAUGGCCUUUGCAACAUCCUGAGGCAUUUACCAGGCUUGGUAUAAAACCACCGAAAGGGAUUUUGUUAUAUGGACCUCCAGGCUGUAGUAAAACUUUAAUGGCCAAAGCUCUGGCGACGGAGGCAGGUUUAAAUUUUAUUGCCAUAAAAGGCCCUGAG